UACAACGUGACGGAAACUCCAAGCAACAGUUCACCGAGAUCAACAUUUCGUUAUGUGUUCAAUUAGUUGCGGUUAUCGAUUUACCAGAAUCCGUCUAGAUGAGCUUUUAUUUUCGUACCGAAGAUAUGUUAAUAAACAGACCCUGCUCCUCGCAGGCCCGCUAAAAAUGUCACCCCGAUCUCGAUACCGCUGGCAACGAAAUGACACGGACGUAGGAAAGAAACAGACGGAGAGACAGACACGCGAAGGCAAUCUGUAUCUACAGAGCGAUAUCAGGUAUUAGUAUUAGUUGAAGGUUAACCAAUAACUUCAGCGAGCGCCAGGCGAGAGCGAGGCACAGUCAGGUAACGAUUUCCUGACCGAGUGGACGUUGUCGGUUUUAACGUAACGUCGUGCAAGCGGAAAGUAAUGGGACGUGCGAACGCCGGGAGAUAGACUCAUCUGCCCACUAGCUUGACGUAUCCGACUGUCUUGAAGUUGUUACGCUGAGGAAGCGUAAUGCGAUUGUGACACGACGGCUCAUCCUAUCGAUCAUUUUUCAAAUCGAGAAAUCAAUUAACAAAAAAUCAUCAUGGAUGGAAAGGCAAAAACAGAAAGGAAAGAGAAUCCCAGAGAAGGAGCGAAUCCUCUCAGUAUUCUAACAUUUGCAUUUACAUUGCCCACAUUUUGGACUGGUUAUCGCAAAGACUUGGAAGUAACUGAUUUGUACAAACCUCUGAAGGAACAUAGCAGCAGCUAUUUAGGUACAAAGAUAUCGAGAAUAUGGCAAAAGGAAUGCGAACAAAAUUUAUCGAACGAAGGGAAGGAUAGCGAUGAUAGAAAACACUCUGGGAAAAAGAAGUUAAAACAGCCUAGCUUAGUAAAGGUCCUUAUGAAAUGUUUUGGAGUUCAGUUAAUAUUGUACGGACUAAUUUUAGCUGUUUCGGAUAUUGUGUUUAGAUUGUCACAACCCUUGUUUCUUGGUCUUUUGGUUCGUUACUACGAUAAGACGAAACUUGAGUCUAUGCCAUUGCAUACUGUAAUGACCAGAUUGUACAAUUCUUCCAAUUCGCAAGUCCGUGAAAUCGACGAAACGAUGAAACCGAUACUGCAGCCAAUAUUGAUUGGUCGACUUUUACAAUAUUACAGUAACAUUCCCGUAAUGACAAAAGAAGAUGCCUAUUUAUACGCAGGUGGUGUCGUAUUGUGUUCAGGAUUCUUGAUAUUUAUUACUCAUCCAUACAUGUUGGGAAUUCUUCACAUUGGAAUGAAGAUGCGUGUAGCUUGUUGCACGUUGAUUUAUAGAAAAGUGUUGAGACUGUCAAGAACUGCCUUGGGUGAAACAACAAUAGGACAAGCAGUGAAUCUCUUAUCAAACGAUGUGAACAGAUUUGAUGUAGCACUUAUGCAAGUACAUUAUCUAUGGAUCGGACCGCUUGAAACUUUGAUCAUUACAUAUUUAAUGUACAAUGAGGUUGAACUAUCUGCCUUUGUCGGAAUUGUGAUAAUCCUCUUGUUUAUUCCUUUACAGGGAUAUUUGGGUAAAAAGUCUUCGCAAUUCAGGUUGAAAACUGCCCUUAGAACAGAUGAAAGAGUACGAUUAACCAAUGAAAUUAUUACCGGUAUUCAAGCAAUCAAAAUGUACACCUGGGAGAAACCGUUUAGUCAAUUGAUCGAAAGAGCAAGGAGGAGAGAAAUCAAUGUUCUACGAGCUAUGUCUUUAAUCAGAGGUGUCACCAUGUCUUUCAUUUUAUUCACGACGAGGAUGUCACUUUUCGCUACCAUAGUAGCUUACAUAAUGUUAGGAAAUAGAAUAACUGCCGAUAAAGUGUUCAUGUUGCAAGCAUUUUAUAAUAUUUUACGAUUGAAUAUGACCGUGUUUUUUCCACAAGGAAUAACGCAACUAGCUGAAUUGAUGGUCUCUGUGAAACGUUUGCAAAAAUUUAUGUUGUACGAAGAAAUCAACAAAACGAGCGAAAAAACGGGAUCCACGAGGAAAGAAUCAAAUGUUGGCAGGAAUAAAAAUGACGUGAACAACAUAGAAAAUGAUACGAGUGAUAAAAAACGUGAAACGGCCAAUUAUCAAGGAGAACACAUUAUAUCGUUAAAGAACGCCAACGCCAAAUGGUUUUCCUCUGAGCAGGAAGAUACGUUAAAAAAUAUGAACAUCAACGUGAAACCAGGCGAACUAGUCGCCGUUGUUGGCCACGUUGGAUCUGGCAAAAGUAGUUUACUUAAUGUAUUAUUGAAAGAAUUACCUGUAAACUCAGGUACCGUGGAGAUUAAUGGAAAGAUAACGUACGCUAGUCAAGAGCCGUGGUUAUUUGCUGGUGCUGUUCGACAAAAUAUCCUAUUCGGUCGGAAGCUAAAUCAAUUUCGGUACGAUCGUGUAGUUAAAGCUUGCCAGUUGAGACGAGACUUCAGUUUGUUGCCGUACGGCGACAAAACGAUUGUCGGCGAACGAGGUAUUAGUUUGUCAGGUGGGCAACGUGCCAGAAUCAAUUUGGCAAGAGCAGUUUAUACGGAAAGCGACAUUUACUUGUUGGACGAUCCGUUAAGCGCCGUGGACGCGCACGUGGGCAAGCAUAUGUUCGAGGAGUGCAUUGUGAAGUAUUUGAGGGGAAAGACCAGAAUUCUCGUCACACAUCAGUUGCAGUAUCUGCCAAAUGUCGAUAGGAUAAUCGUGUUCAAGGAUGGGAAAGUCGAGGCUGACGGUUCUUACAACGAGCUGGUCGCGAAGGGAAUGGACUUUGGAAGAUUGUUGGAAAACGAUCCCGACGAAGAAGACGAGCGAACACAGUCUGGCCCUCCCAGCAGGUCUAAUUCUCGAAACGGUAGUAGCACGUCGUUGAGCUCUAUGAGGAGUAACAUGACCGAGAGGACAGAGCCGGUUGAAGUAGCCGAGACGCGUUCAAAGGGCACAAUUUCCGGCAAAGUGUAUGGAGGAUAUUUCCACGCAGGCGGAAAUUGGUGCGUCAUAGCCACGGUUGUUUUGCUUUGCGUGUUGGCGCAGAUGUUUGCUACCUUAAGCGAUUUCUUCAUCUCUCAGUGGGUCAACAUGGAAGAGAAAUAUGUGAACGAGACGGAUAUCGAUUCAAAGUGGGACGAGCCGAUAAGCCGCAAUGCUUGCAUGUACGUGUAUACCGGCUUGAUCGUUUCCACGAUCGUCGUUACUCUAACACGUUCCGUCUCAUUCUUUACGACGUGUAUGAAAGCGUCCACCAGAUUACACGAUCGCAUGUUCCGAUGUAUAAGUCGAGCAACGAUGAGAUUCUUCAAUACCAACACGUCCGGUCGAAUUCUCAAUAGAUUCUCGAAAGAUAUGGGUGCCAUCGACGAAUUGUUACCGAUAGCUCUGAUCGAUUGCUUCCAAAUCGGCUUGUCUCUUCUUGCCAUCAUAGUGGUCGUUGCAAUAGCCAACUAUUGGCUGUUAAUACCCACCGUGGUCAUCGGAGUGAUCUUUUUCUAUCUCCGUAUUUUCUAUCUGGCAACUAGUCGCAGCGUCAAACGAUUGGAAGGAGUUACUCGAUCACCGGUGUUCGCACACCUGAACGCAACUUUGCAAGGGCUGCCAACUGUACGUGCCUUCGAAGCGGAAGAGAUACUAACGAAGGAAUUCGAUCAACACCAAGACUUGCACUCGUCGGCGUGGUUCAUAUUCAUCUCAUGUUCGAGGGCGUUCGGAUUCUGGCUGGAUUUCUUUUGCGUCAUCUACAUCAUGUUGGUCACGUUGAGCUUUUUGGUGAUCAAUGACGAUGCGAAGGGUGGUAACGUCGGAUUGGCUAUAACGCAAAGUAUCGGGUUAACCGGCAUGUUCCAAUGGGGCAUGCGGCAGAGUACCGAGAUGGAAAAUCAAAUGACCUCGGUGGAACGUGUGCUGGAGUACAGCAAAGUGGAGAGCGAACCACCGCUCGAAAGCAAGCCAGAUAAAAAGCCCAAGGAUAGUUGGCCCGAGGAGGGUAAAAUUGAGUUUAAGAACGUAGUGAUGAGAUACGCCCCGGACGAGCCUCCGGUGUUGAAAAAUCUCAACCUGGUGAUUUAUCCGCAAGAGAAGAUCGGCAUCGUCGGGCGAACAGGCGCCGGAAAGUCGUCCUUGAUCUCGGCCCUGUUCCGCUUCGCGUAUCUCGACGGUGUCGUAGAAAUCGAUGGUGUGAGAGUCAACGAGAUCGGGCUUCACGACUUACGCUCGAAAAUCAGUAUAAUCCCUCAGGAACCUUUCCUGUUUUCUGGUACGUUGAGAAAGAAUCUAGAUCCCUUCGACAACUACAGCGACCACCUGCUGUGGCAAGCGUUGGAGGAAGUCGAACUGAAGGAGAUGGGGCUGGAGGCUCACGUCAACGAGGGUGGCUCCAAUCUGAGUGUCGGCCAACGUCAGCUCGUCUGCCUGGCACGCGCAAUCAUCAAAAACAAUCGGAUCCUCAUUCUCGACGAAGCUACCGCGAACGUCGAUCCGCAGACCGACGAGCUCAUUCAGAAAACCAUCCGCACGAAAUUCGCCAAGUGCACGGUGUUGACCAUCGCGCAUCGUCUCAACACCGUGAUGGACAGCGAUCGAGUUUUGGUGAUGGACGCCGGUAACGCUGUGGAAUUUGAUGCUCCGUACGCCUUGAUCGAAAGAAACGGAUAUUUCAAGAGUAUGAUAAACGAGACCGGGCAGUCAAUGGCAGAGGCUCUGAAGCAAAUCGCUCGUGAAAGCUACGAGAAUCGCACGUCGACGACGCUUUGAAACUCCGAAUGAAACCACCCUCCCUCUCUUGUUUACUGGAUAGAAACGAUUAUACUUUGUACGAUUAUAGCAAUCGGCGGGGUAUUAGUCUUGAAGCAUACGCCAUUUCUCACCGGACCUCACGCUCAUCGAUACAGUAUUAUUAUUACUAGUAGAUUUUUAUAAACCUGUGACACUUUCCUAUCUCGAUUGCCUUAAAGAAGAAACCGUGACGAGACUUGAAAGUACUUAAACUUAAACACAACGUGAUACGAUGCUAUUUUUGUAUGUACAAUUAGGAACUAAAGUUUUACCUCACUGUUGCGAUUUUUCUCUUGUUACUGUACGUUGGUGCUACGAUAGUACAAAAGAGCUAUUCUCGCGUCAAAGGGACAGAUGUCUGUUCGAUUUUUUUUUUUUUUUUUUUGUAACGUGCUAUGUUGAAACAGUCUUUUUGACGUUUGAAAGUUUGAAAAGUUUUCCUUCCACGUGAUAAUCAUUUCGCGUACGAGAUACGUCGAGUUCGCACGACGAAACACAAGCGAGAGAAACACACGCGUCUUUGUUAAUCGAAACAAACAGUUUUCCAAUUUUCUGCUGUGUGCAAUUCUUUCUAGAUUCAAGAUUCUAAAACAUUCGUACACUUCGGGUUAAAGUGUCGUUUGCCGUACAAGUCAAUAUGAUUGUACUUUUAGGUGAAAUCAAUUUGCUUUAUGUACAAGUGGUUAUAUAAUUUAAUUAUAUUAUAAAUGAAAAAUAUAAAUGCA